GCCGCAAACGAGCUCAACUUUAAAUAUGUCAGCAAAACAGCACGGAGGGGGAGUUAACUUGACGACUGCGGUCAUAUUUUAGAGAAACAUUCGAAUAUUUUCAUCUGCUUCUGCGUGCCACUUUCGCUUGGGCCGAGAGACAGUCUGCUUACCAUUCGGCGUUCCAGUCCAUGUCUACCCCUUCAGACCUGUCAGGUGGUAUGUCCCAUCCUGGCCCUUCCCCAGGUGCGGGCCUUUCACCCGGUCCCAUCCUGGGCCCCAGCCCCGGACCGGACCCUUCGCCCGGCUCCGUUCACAGCAUGAUGGGACCCAGCCCCGGGCCUGGAACGCCCAAUGGGCCCCAUGGCAUGCAGGCACAGGCGCAGAGUGACUUCUCGCAAGAUGUCAUGUAUUCUAUGCACAAGCCAAUGGAGGGAAUGAACGAUAAAGCCAUGGCGGAUGCGAUGCACUUUGGUCACAUGAAAGGGGUGGGCAUGAGAACCCUCCACAGUGGCAUGGGCCCCCCACAGAGCCCCAUGGACCAGCAUAGCCAGGGCUAUAUGUCACCCCAUCCUUCUCCAAUGGGCGUACAUGAGCACGCGCCCAGCCCUAUGGCCGGUGGCGGAGGACCCACACCCCCCCACGUCCCCCCGUCCCAGCCAGGCCCCAUGAUGCCCAUGGACCCGCAAGGAGGUGGGAGCAGUGGCGCCAUACCCAACAUGUCUGCAAUGGGCCAGCAGGGCCGGGGGCCAACAGCGUUCAGUCAGGCACAACUGCAGCAGCUCCGGGCUCAGAUCCUGGCCUACAAGGUCCUGGGCCGCGGGCAGCUGCUGCCCGAGAACCUCCAAAUGGCCGUGCAGGGCAAGAGGAGCCUACCAACAAUGCAGCAGCAGCAGUCACAGAGUGGUAGUCCUUACAACAGGCCUCAAGGCAUGCCAAUGGCACCUUUGGGUGGAGCCCAGUCCAGCCCCUGUCCCACUCCAGCCAUCCAAGGUCACAGUCAAGGCGCUGGACCCAAACCUUGGCCUGAUGGCCAAGGAGGUGAUAAUCCAGCUGGUGCCCCCAAGCACCUCGCCCCUGUCAAUGGCGGCCGCCCAUCGCCCGCCCCCCCCCAGGCCGCUGCCGUGCCAACUGGGCCUUUGCCAGGCAGCUCCGUAGCUCCUCAGCCAAUGGGCCAGCAAGUGUCCCCCAUGCUGCAGAUGCAACAGAAGCAGAACCGCGUCACGCCCAUCCAGAAGCCUCAGGGCUUGGACCCGGUGGGCAUCCUACAGGAGAGGGAGUAUAGGCUGCAGGCUCGGAUUGCGCAUCGCAUCCAAGAACUGGAGAGUCUGCCGGGCUCCCUUCCACCCGACCUGAGGACCAAGGCCACAGUUGAGCUCAAGGCACUCCGGCUCCUGAACUUCCAGCGACAGCUGAGGCAAGAUGUGGUGGCAUGUAUGCGGCGGGACACCACCCUGGAGACAGCCCUCAACUCUAAGGCGUACCGCCGCAGCAAGCGACAGACGCUGCGGGAGGCACGAAUGACAGAGAAACUGGAGAAGCAGCAGAAGCUGGAGCAGGAGAAGAAGCGCCGGCAGAAGCACCAGGAGUACCUCAACAGUAUUCUCCAGCAUGCCAAAGACUUUAAAGAGUACCACCGAUCUGUGUCGGGGAAAAUGCAGAAGCUCACCCGAGCCAUUGCCACCUGGCACACAAACACAGAGCGGGAGCAGAAGAAAGAGACAGAGAGGAUAGAGAAGGAGAGAAUGAGAAGACUUAUGGCCGAGGAUGAGGAGGGCUAUCGAAAACUUAUCGACCAGAAGAAGGACAAGCGUCUAGCCUACCUUCUGCAGCAGACGGAUGAGUAUGUGGCCAACCUCACCACCCUGGUGUACGAGCACAAAGCUGCACAGGCGGCGAAGGAGAAGAAGCGGAGGAAGAAGAAGAAGGUAAGGAUGGACGGAGAAGGUGGCGAAGGCACCAGUGCCAUUGGACCUGAUGGAGAGCCCAUGGACGAGAGCAGCCAGAUGAGUGAGCUACCCGUCAAGGUAAUCCAGACGGAAACCGGCAAAGUUUUGCAAGGCACCGAUGCGCCUAAAUCCAGCCAGCUGGAGGCCUGGCUCGAGAUGAACCCCGGGUACGAAGUGGCGCCAAGGUCGGACAGCGAGGAGAGCAGUUCUGAGUUUGAGGAAGAGGAGGAAGAGGAGACAGCCAAGGGCGAAAAUGACAAGACCAUAGAAGAUCCCAUUGUAGAGACAAAGCACAUUAUCGAGUCGGCCAAGCAGGACGUGGAUGAUGAGUACAGCGUGCCGACGGACGAGACCAGCCUACAGUCCUACUACGGCGUGGCGCAUGCCGUCAUCGAGAGGGUGGAGAAGCAGUCGUCUCUUCUGAUCAACGGCUCACUCAAACACUACCAGAUUCAGGGUCUGGAGUGGAUGGUGUCCCUGUACAACAACAACUUAAAUGGCAUCUUGGCUGACGAGAUGGGCCUGGGCAAGACCAUCCAAACCAUCGCCCUCAUCACGUACUUGAUGGAGCGCAAGAGGCUCAACGGCCCUUAUGUCAUCAUCGUGCCGCUUUCGACUUUAUCCAACUGGAUCUAUGAGCUUGACAAGUGGGCCCCGUCCGUGGUCAAAAUUGCUUACAAGGGUACCCCCGGCCUGCGCAGGGGACUGGUGCCGCAGCUUCGGAGCGGCAAAUUCAACGUUUUGUUGACAACCUAUGAAUACAUCAUCAAGGACAAGCACAUACUGGCCAAGAUCCGUUGGAAGUACAUGAUCGUGGACGAGGGCCACCGUAUGAAGAACCACCACUGCAAGCUGACACAGGUGUUGAACACGCACUACGUGGCACCACGUCGCCUGCUGCUCACCGGCACACCGCUGCAGAACAAGCUUCCUGAGCUAUGGGCCCUGCUCAACUUCCUGCUGCCCACCAUCUUCAAGAGCUGCAGCACCUUCGAGCAGUGGUUCAAUGCCCCCUUCGCCAUGACCGGCGAGAGGGUGGACCUCAACGAGGAGGAGACAAUCCUGAUUAUUCGACGUCUGCACAAGGUGCUCAGGCCCUUCUUACUGCGCCGGCUGAAGAAAGAGGUGGAGUCUCAGCUGCCGGAGAAGGUGGAGUAUGUUAUUAAAUGCGAUAUGUCUGCCAUACAAAAGGUCUUAUACCGGCACAUGCAGAAGGGAAUCCUCCUCACCGACGGUUCCGAGAAAGACAAGAAGGGCAAAGGUGGUGCGAAGACCCUGAUGAACACCAUCAUGCAGCUGAAGAAGAUCUGCAACCACCCAUACAUGUUCCAGCAUAUCGAGGAGUCGUUUGCUGAGCAUUUGGGCUACCCCAACGGCAUCAUCAGCGGGCCAGACCUGUAUCGAGCCUCCGGGAAAUUUGAGCUCCUGGACCGCAUACUGCCCAAGCUGCAGGCCACCAACCACCGGGUGCUGCUCUUCUGCCAGAUGACCACACUCAUGACCAUCAUGGAGGACUACUUUGGCUACCGCAACUUUCAGUAUUUGCGUCUGGAUGGAACCACUAAGUCUGACGAUCGAGCGUUGCUGUUGAAGAAGUUCAACGAGUCGGGAUCGCAAUACUUCAUCUUCCUGCUCAGCACCCGGGCCGGCGGCCUCGGACUCAACCUGCAGGCCGCUGACACCGUCAUCAUCUUUGACAGUGACUGGAACCCGCAUCAGGACCUCCAGGCGCAGGACCGCGCACACCGCAUCGGCCAGCAGAACGAGGUGCGCGUGCUGCGCCUGUGCACCGUCAACAGCGUGGAGGAGAAGAUCCUGGCAGCCGCCAAGUACAAGCUCAACGUCGACCAGAAGGUGAUCCAGGCCGGCAUGUUCGACCAGAAGUCGUCCGGCCACGAGCGCCGCGUCUUCCUGCAGGCCAUCCUGGAGCAUGAGGAGCAGAAUGAGGAAGAAAAUGAGGUACCGGACGACGAAACCCUGAACCAGAUGAUCGCCCGCAGUGAAGAAGAAUUUGAGCUUUACAUGCGCUUCGACAUGGACCGGCGGCGGGAGGAUGCCCGGAACCCCAAACGUAAACCACGCCUCAUGGAGGAGGACGAGCUGCCCUCCUGGAUCAUCAAGGACGACGCUGAAGUGGAGCGCCUCACAUAUGAGGAGGAGGAGGAGAAGAUGUUCGGCCGAGGUUCACGCUGCCGCCGGGACGUGGACUACAGCGACGCGCUAACUGAAAAACAGUGGCUGCGGGCCAUCGAGGACGGCAACCUGGAGGAGAUGGAGGAGGAGAUCCGACUGAAGAAGCGCAAACGCAAGCGGCGUCAGGACAAGGAGCCGUUAGGCAGGGAGGACUGGGGCGCCAAGGCCAAGAAAAGGCGGGGGCGCCCACCCGCCGAGAAGCUUUCGCCCAACCACCCCAAACUCACUAAGCAGAUGAACACCAUUAUCGACACAGUCAUUAACUACAGAGAUGGGGCUGGCAGACAGCUCAGCGAGGUCUUUAUCCAGCUACCGUCCAGAAAGGAGCUUCCGGAAUAUUACGAGCUGAUCCGAAAGCCAGUGGAUUUCAAAAAGAUCAAGGAACGCGUCAGGAGCCAUAAAUACCGUAGCGUCGGAGACCUGGAGAAGGACGUCAUGCUGCUCUGUCAUAACGCGCAGACCUUCAACCUGGAGGGAUCUCAGAUAUACGAGGACUCCAUCGUGCUCCAGUCAGUGUUCAAGAGCGCCAGGCAGAAGAUCGCCAAAGACGAGGAAAGCGAGGACGACAGUGAGGACGACGAAGACGAGGAUGAGGAAGAAGAGUCAGACGCUGAGGCCAAGCCGGUGUGGGUGAAGAUCAAGCUGAACAAGGAGGCCCGCAAGAGCGCAGAGCGGGGCAAGAAGAGGCAGAGCCGAGCCAAGGCCAAACCCGUGGUCAGCGACGACGAAAGCGACGAUGACCAGGACGGCAAUGAGCAAUCUGACAUCAGCGAUGACGAGUGAGGAAGAGUUGACCCCUGGGACGGUUGAACACCAAUAAGCUCCUCUCGUUGUCCAGGUUCUUACUUUGUUUUCAUGUUGUCCUGUUAGUUCACAGACCCCGCCCCUCUUUCCUUGCAGCUUGGACACGUAUCCCCUCAUAAUAACCAGAUGAGCUGCAUAUUCAUAUGAUAUAAUCUUGUUUUCAAGGCAGUUGUUUUUUAAAGGAGAUUUGAUGUAUGUACUUGCUUUUGCUAUUGAUACGCAAACGCUUACGCGCGCACUUUUUAGGAGCUCACUUAUUAAUAUGAAAUGUCAAGAUUUCAGGUUGCUCAUUCAGAACGGGGGUGUCCAAAAUCUCGGGUACUCAAGACAAGAGAAUGUAGAACAGAGCUGCUUUCUAAUAAUUUGCAGGGUCGGAUCUAGUGGGAUUCAGGGGCGAGGCCACCCCAAAAUCCUAAACAAUGUACAGGGGGUCACUAACCUAGGCCAGCUGUCCCCAACCUUUUUUGCGCCAUGGAUUAUUAAGACAUUUUGACUGAAACAAGAGCAAAUGAUUAAAUAUUCAGCUCACCAUUACGCUGAAUGUAGUUCUUGUAAUUUGUCGGAGCCCUGCACUUGUCUAUCUUCAACAAGCUGGCCUGUCUCAUCUAGGAGUAAUCUUUCUUUCAAAAGACUCCAAAUGCUUGUCUUUUAAGACCACAUCAACAUUGUAAAUAACAAACAGUUCUUAAUGUUCUAUCUGGAUGAAUAGGGUUAGGUUAGGUAUGGUUAAAAAGUCAAUAAAUGCUGGGUGUUUGAGCUUGUUUAUUGCGUGCGAGUCAACUAGCAAUAAACCCGUACCUUAAGUAGGAUUGACAAUACUACAUUUUAAGAACGGCUUUCUUUUUCCUGGAAUUCAUCUUCUGUCUUAUUUUUUGGCCUGUUCACCUUUUCGUAGAAGCUCUUCAAGCCAUUUAGGCGGAAUGAAUAUAGGUUGAAUUCGCCAGCGGAUAUAAAUCUUUCUGAAGAAAAAAUCUGUCUUUUAAAUGAGCCUAAAAUGACAAAGCUACACAAAAAAAACACUUGUUUCAAGUGUCCCAUUGAAAAUCAUGAAAAUGCCAUUUCUUCCCAUUUUUAUUCCUUAUCUUUUGUUAUGAUUUCAACAUGGACUUUUAUAGUUGUCCACCAGAUGGCGUUACUAGUCCCCAUCUAAAGCAUGCAGUAACAUUUUAAACUACAAACCUAUUUACUGUAAAUGUCCCUCACCAUUGAAACAAUAACUGUGUUUGUCCAAUUAAAUUAACUCUUUUUCUUAGACACCUGCGUUAUAAACUAAUUCUACAUUAAAGUGUUCAAAUCCCCAAAUAAUACUUCAUUUUUAGUAUGUAUAUUUAAGGCUGAAGUCAUUUUAAAAGGCGUUUUAUGGGAAAGGUUGGACACCCCUGAUUUUGGACUGCAUGACUGGGACAUUAUAUGACAAACUCAUCGUCAACAUCCUUUUUUUUUUAAAAGUAUACACCACAAUAUAUUUUAAUCAGUAUUUUUUAUUUGAGAGGUGAUUCAAUUCAUUACAAAUCCUUAGUAAUUUCUUUUGUGGUUUUUUUUUUGCAUGAAUUCUCAUUUCGUAGUAUCCUUCCUCGCCGAUGUCAUUCAUAAGUGUCGACUUAAUGUUUGCUUUCUUUGCACAGCAUCUUUGUGGUUGUAUUGAAUUGCCCAGAGCCAAUUAAAUAUCACCAAUUUGGAGCACUAAAA